CUGCCGGAGGAUUAAGACGAAAAAUCGAAAAAAAAACAAGGUUCUUUGAAACGUUCAGUGCUUCAAAAAUAUUUUCGAAAUCUAGAAGUUAGAGCAAUUUUUGUUCCUUGGUCGAAAUAAGACAAAAUUUUUAUUUUAAGUCUUGAUCUAAUUGAAUUUUUAGGUUCUUGUAUUUGCUAAGUUUAAAAAAAACUUAACGAGUAAUUUAAUUGUUAAAAAGUUAGUGUUAAAAUUUUACAAUUCAUUGUGAAUAAAAAUGGCUACAAAUUCAUCGAGAACUCAUCAGCAGCGUCCACCAGCACAUAUAAAUAUGUUUACUGAUAGAACGAUUCAAGCCAUACCUGUGCCACCGCCACCAGUACAACAUCAUGUCCAUCAGGUUUAUCAAGGACUUAAGACUUCUGAAAAUGAUGAAGUUGGAUGUGUGGAAGCUAUUGCAAUAAUUGUCUCACUUAUAAUAAUGUUCCUUACAUUGCCCAUCUCAAUUUUUGUUUGUUUCAAAGUGGUGUCGGAAUUUGAGAGAGCCGUGAUAUUUCGAAUGGGCAGAUUAAGAAGUGGAGGUGCUCGAGGUCCUGGAGUAUUUUUUGUCUUACCAUGUGUAGAUGAUUAUUGUAAAGUUGAUCUUCGAACUGUUUCAUUCGAUGUUCCACCACAAGAAGUCCUUUCGAAAGACUCAGUAACAGUUACAGUUGAUGCAGUAGUCUAUUAUCGAAUAAGUGAUCCUUUGAAAGCAGUCAUUCAAGUAUCGAAUUAUAGUCACUCAACAAGACUUUUAGCUGCAACGACACUACGAAAUGUCUUGGGUACAAGAAAUUUAUCUGAACUUUUGACAGAAAGGGAAACUAUUUCACAUACGAUGCAGGUUUCAUUGGAUGAAGCUACAGAUCCGUGGGGUGUUAAAGUGGAAAGAGUUGAAAUAAAAGAUGUUUCACUUCCAACAGCUUUGCAAAGAGCAAUGGCCGCUGAAGCUGAAGCCGCUCGUGAAGCUAGAGCAAAAGUCAUUGCGGCAGAAGGUGAAAUGAAAUCAUCACGAGCACUUAAAGAAGCAUCAGAUAUUAUUUGUGAAAGUCCAUCAGCUUUACAGUUACGGUACUUACAAACAUUGAGCAGUAUUUCAGCAGAAAAGAACUCAACUAUUAUUUUCCCACUGCCAAUGGAAUUGCUAACACCUUUUCUAUCGAAUUGCAACAAUUGUACUUUUAAGAAAUGUGGAACAUAGUUUAAGAAAACCAUAUCAUUCUAUCCAUUUAUUCUUGUAACAGGAUCGAAACUUUAUUAAAAACCAGCAACUUUGUAAACAUA